AUGAAGAAAGCACUGCACAAGCUCGUGCCCGGCCACCACCGCCGGAGCACCAGCGCCAGCGGCACCUACUCCAACUCGGACAGCGGCACGCCCACAUCUGCCAGCAGAGCCAGCACCGAUAUGGCCGAGCGUCCUCGUGCCUCUCUGGACAACAGAGACCGUCCCAGCUCAAAGUCUCGCUUUGCCUCGCCGCGAAACUCGACCUCUAUUGACACGCGCACCUCGGUCGAUCACAGCCGUGCCUCUACUGAUCUCUCCCACCGCCGUCAGUCCCGUUCUACUUCACAUCACAGACCCACACACAGCCCAUUGGGCGCUUUUAGACACAAGCUCCGCCGUGGCUCUUCGUCCUCAUCGUCCAACGAUGGACGUCCCCUAAACGCUGCUGGUGAGCCCAUGUCAAAGGCACAACUUCGCAAGCGUGCAAAGCUCCAGCAAAAGGAGGAGAGACACAGAAAGGCUCAGGAGCACAACGAAGCAGACCGCAGGCUGCAACAGCAGACACAAGCACGUGCCGAGGCAGACGAGACCAGCGAUAUGAAGUCCAAGUACGGCGUUCUACCUCUCAACUCAUACGCCCCUGCUCAGCCCGCCAACGAGAAGAAAGUCAACCUGCUCGAGCUGUCCGAGAGGGAUGUUGGCUCGUGGGUCACUUUCCGUGCUCGCGUCCACAUGAUCCGCCAGAUCAGCAGCCGUCGUGUCUUCAUCGCUCUUCGCCAGCAGACUGCCUCGAUCCAGGGUGUUUUGCACGAGCAUGCUGGUGUCUCGCUAGGUAUGGUCUACUGGGCCAAGCAUCUCAAGCUCGAGUCGGUGGUCCGCGUGCGUGCUGUGGUUCAAGAACCCAAGGCCAGGCAGGGCAAGAUUACCGGCUGCUCCGUUGGAAACCUCGAGGUCUCGAUCCACGAACUGCAUGUCGAGGGUUCAAGAACCGCCCCUCUCCCCUUCAACGUCGCCGAAGCCGAAGUCACUCGCGAAGAAGCCGAGCUGUCCAAGAACGCCCGUCAUCACAUCUCUGACCGCACCCGCCUCGCCAACCGCAUCGUUGAUCUCCGUACCAACACUUCACAAAGUAUCUUCCGCGUCCAGUCCGGUGUCUCGUCCUUCUUCCGCGAGUACCUUCGUGGCCAGGGCUUCAUGGAAAUCCACACACCUAAGCUGCAAGGCGGUGCUACCGAGUCCGGUGCCAGUGUGUUCAAGGUCGACUACUUUGGCAGACCUGCUUUCCUGGCCCAGUCGCCCCAAUUGGCCAAACAGAUGUGUAUCUCGGCCGAUUUUGGUAGAGUUUUCGAGAUCGGUGCUGUCUUCCGUGCUGAGAACAGCAACACACAUAGACACAUGACCGAGUACACCGGUCUCGAUCUGGAGAUGGCUAUCGACGAGCAUUACCACGAAGUUCUUCGCGUUCUGGACGGCUUGUUCAAGUUUAUGUUCAAGAAGGUCUACGAGAAUUACCGCCACGAGAUCGACACACUCAAGAAGCACUUCCCUCACGAGGACCUUGUUUGGCUCGACAGGACACCCAUCAUUCCCUUCGCCGAGGGUAUUCGUCUGCUUAACGAGUCCGGCUGGAGGGACGACAACGGCAACCCUCUUCCUGAAGACGAGGAUCUCGGUACCCGCGACGAAAUCCAGCUUGGAAAGGUCAUCAAGCAAGUGUACGGCACAGAUUACUAUGUCCUCGACAAGUUCCCUGCCGGCGCCAGGCCCUUCUACGCCAUGCCCGACCCCAACAACCCCAAGAUCACCAACUCGUUCGAUAUCUUCCUUCGUGGGCAAGAGAUUCUCUCUGGUGGCCAGCGUAUCCAUGACGAGAAGAUGUUGACCAAGCAGAUGGAGCGCCUGAAGAUGGACCCUAGCACGCUCGAUGAGUACAUGCAAGGAUUUGCCUGGGGAGCCCCUCCUCAUGGUGGUGGUGGUAUUGGUCUGGAACGUAUGCUGAUGUUGCUGCUGUCCUUGGGCGACAUUCGCCAUGCAACUCUCUUCCCUCGCGAUCCCAAGUCCCUCCCCGCAAAGCCCGUCGUCAAGCAACUCAGGCACCCCGAAGCCAGCACACUGCACCCUCAAUGGGAAGGCCAAGACCGCCACUCCGCUGGAUACGAGCUGCCAUCCGUUGAGAUGCUCAUCGCCAAUUACGGAGACGCUUCCAACACCUCAUGGCUCGAGCCUCGUACCGAGAUCUGGAGAGACGAUGCUACUGGUGCCGCCGUUGGUUUCGUGCCUCACCAAGGCUAUGCCAUCACGGUCGGUGACCCCCUCUGUCACAAGUCCCAAUACGCUCGUACGAUUGCCGGAUACUUGCACUACAUCAAGAAAGAGCGUGGAAUCAAGCCCCUGUGGCUGCUGUGCGGUGGUGACGUUGAAGAAGUUCUGUCUUCGCAUCAGUUCGAUUGGCGUACAUUCUCGGUUGCUGCCGAGCAACGACUGGAUCCUGGCAACAACCCAGCUGUACAUGAUCAUGAUAUCCAGCGCAAGAUUCGUCACGCAAGCAAGGAGGGUGUCAAGGUGCACGAUUACCCGCUCGGCACGCCAAUUCCGGCUGAGACCAAGCAAAAGAUUGAUGGUCGCAUCAAGGACUGGCUAGCCAACCGCAAGGGCAAGCAGGUUCAUCUCACAGACAUCCACCCUUGGCAGGACGAGGCCCAUCGUCAAUACCACUACACCACCGACAAGGACGGCAAGAUCGCUGGUUUCGUCAUCAUGGCCCAGCUGUCGCCCGACCAUGGUUGGCAAGUCAAGUUCUCGCUUGACUUCCCUGGUGCACCUUCAGGUGCCAUCGAGUUGCUCGUCAUGCACGCACUUUCGCAAUGCGCUGCCGGCGGUGCCACUUCGGUUACCUUCGGUGGUGGUGCCAGCUCCAAGCUGACUCCCGGUCACAACUUGAAGGGUACUCGCAUCAAGGUCCUUAGCAAGGCCUACCACGCCAUCGCCACUGAGCUCAAGCUCACAGCGAAGUCGGAAUUCAGAGAGAAGCUCGGUGCUCAGGACGACCCUAUUUACGUGUGCUACCCACCACACGGUCUCGGACCCGGAGGUGUCAAGGCAAUCUUGACCUUCUUCGAAGAUACGGAUGAUGGCAACAACUAG